GUUCUUGCAGAAUUCGUUGUGGGGGGCGAGAUAGCGGCGAUGUAAAAUUCCCAGAAUUUGGAAUGUUGGAUUCCUGUAGGCUCGAGGUUCCUUGGAUUCUGUUGUUCUUUCGUUGUAGAAGUUUGCCGAAAGAAGAGCUUUCUGGAGCUGUUCUGUGGACUUUCAGAAUUAGGGUCUUAAGGUUUGUGUUGUGCGUGGAGAUUGUGGUCGUCUGCGUUGCUCUGAGGUGAUGGUUUCGUGACCGUGGUGGUUUUGGAAUGUUCACGGCUGUUACGGAUGCCUGGAUUAAUCGAGGUUCCUAUGUGAAUCCCGUCUGGUUCCGUGAGGGGCUUAAAAAUCCAAAUUUCGAGUCUUUGGGUUCAUCCAGAUGAUCGACCUUUUCAACGUAGGAAUCGUUAUACGGAAAUGUGCUUUUCAUAAACCCUCGUUUCCCUCCCUUGUCUUUCAAAGCUACUGCUUGGGUUGGGCUAGUGGAAGAGGAAAGACUGCAGCAUCUGCAGUGCCUGUUACCACCUCGGGUUCAAGUAUUGACAUUAAGAAGUGUAACGAACAAGCUCGGGAUGCCCGACUUCAGCAUCUAGAGGCACAGGCGUUAGAAACCUUGCAGAAGACUGUGGAAAAUUUCGAGAAGCCAGCGUUUCCAUGUGCUUUGAUCGCAGGUGAUGUGGUCAUACUAGAUCUUCUUCACAGGAUAGGAGCGUUUUCAGAUAAUAAAGUAAAAAUAAUCUUCAUCGACACUUUUCACCUCUUCCCUGAAACAUAUAAGUUUCUCAGCGAAGUGGAGGAGCGGUAUGGAUUCAAGGCACAUGUGUUUCAUGCUGCAGAUGUAAACAACAAAGAAGCCUAUGACGCCAAAUUUGGUUCAGAUUUGUUCAUAACUGACAUAGAAGAGUACGACCGCAUCUGUAAAGUUGAGCCGUUCAGCCGUGCUCUGAAGACAUUGGAGGUAGAUGCUAUGAUCAAUGGGCGUAGACGUGAUCAUGGCGCAGAAAGAGCCCAUCUUGAGGUGUUCGAGGAGGGAAAAAUGGUGAAAGUGCAACCUCUUGCGUAUUGGGAAUUCAGGGAUUGCUGGGAUUACUUGACGAAAUAUUCGUUACCUUACCAUCCUCUCCACGACCAAGGCUUUCCGAGCAUUGGAGACGUGCAGUCCACGAUACCAGUUCCUCGUGAGAAGUGGUUCGAGUAUGCCGGAGAACGAUCAGGCCGCUUUCAGGGUUUGACGAAUCCAGAUGGGAGUGCAAAAACAGAGUGUGGAAUUCACGUUGGUGGUAGAACAUAAGUUGUGGUGUUUUAGUGGACCUGUGGUGGUGUUUUCCUUCUAAUUGUACAAAGUAAGUUGAAGAUUGAACAAAACUGGCAUGUGCAUCUGAUGCACCUGAUGGAGUUGCCUUCCUUUGAGUGGAAA